CAGCAUGUUGAGCAGCGAAAACCAAAUAUUUAGAAUUAAAUAGUUAAAAGGAUAUAAUAUUUAUAAUUUAAACAGGAAGAAGUGAAAAUGAGUAGUGAGGAGGAAGAAGAUAAUGUGUUCUAUUUUGAGAGUGACCAUAUAGCUUUGCGCGGCAAUGAAGAUUAUUCGAAUUUAUUAAAAACCAUUGUUGCACUUGAGGCAGCACAAGUGCGGGUGCAUAAUGAUAUAGAGGAGUUAAUGGCAGCAAAACAUUAUUAUUUGAAUAACCCAAAUGAACUCUUAGAAAAAUUGCGAAACAAUGAACCAAUUGUCAAAUGCACUGAUGUGAAAAUUCCAGAGAUACCGAAACUCAAAGGCAAAUAUAGAUUGUUUAAUCCCGAAAUUAAAGUUGAGAAUGAGGAGCCACAAACAGGUGUACCACCUGCAGUGCGUGGCAGAAUGUUUGAUGAAAGCAAACCGCGCUCAUUCAAUCAAUUGUGGACAUGUGAGGAGCAGCGUCGUUUGGAACAGCUUUUAAUUGAAUAUCCUGCCGAACCAAUUGAACAGAAACGUUUCGCUAAAAUUGCUAGAGCUCUGGGCAAUCGCACACCACAACAAGUUGCUAGUCGCGUGCAAAAGUACUUUUUAAAAUUGCAUAAUGCUGGGAUGCCGGUACCAGGUCGUAUACCAAAAGCACGCCGCUUACAAAGUGCAAAACAUAAAAUGUUUCAGAAGCCAACAACUUUCUUUCCAAAAUUAAACGUGCCUGUAAAUAUGCCAGAGGAUGAUUAUUCGCUAACGCAAUUGUCGGUUAAUGAUGGUAGUGCACAACAACCAAGUUGUACAAUCACUAAACCGGUAGAUGAGAAGCAACGCAUUUUGAGUAUGCUGAAGAUUAUACGGGAUGAGAAGCAAGCAAUGGAGGAUGUAAAACCAGAUUUGUUUUGUCCUAAAUGCGAAGUUUGUUUAACUGAACCACAAUCGAAAACUCGCUGGCGGUGCAAUACUUGCUUCACGUAUUUAAAUCAAUGCACAGAUUGUUUGACCAAUCAACUGCUUUCAAAUCAAUUCGAGCACAUACAGCAUGACGUCAUAAAUGAAUAGCAGAAUAAGUGAUAGUCACUAAGUGUACAUACUCACUAUAGUUAUAGUGUAGUUAUGAAAGAUGAUUGUGUUUGACGCUUAGACGGGACUUAAUAUAAACAACUUGGGUUGUUCUUGAUAUUUAAGGCCAAGUUAUAUAGACAGUCAUGCUCACAUCUAAUGUGAAAUUGUUGUUGUAAUAAUGUUGUUGUAGUUGACAAUUGUAAUUUGUCUCUCUCUAUGCUAUGCCUUUUGGUCAGGACCAAAAAGGUAAAAAUUACUGUGACCAUUCGUGAUAUGACUGUCUGUAUAACAUAAAUGUAAUUAAAUAUUUUUAUAUAUUGUAUGAGAUGAAAAGUUCUAUGUCGAAUAGAAAAAGAGGUGAUAGGUUAGAGAUUUUCAAAUUCAUUUGAAAUUCUAUUAGAUUUUUAUAGUAAAUUAUAUAUAAUUUCUAUUUUUAACUAUAGUUCAACUAAAUAAUUAGAAUAACCACAGAGCUGUUUGGCCCAUGCCAAACUGGAGUAAUUUUUUAAAGAUUAAUUUUGAAGCAUUAAUUAUUGAUUUCUGCUAUACUCAAUGAAUUCUGUAGAUUGAAAAUUUGUAUAUAGGAAAUUUACUUGAUUGUGUGCAUGUAGAAUAGCAGAAGAAAGGUUUUAAAAAGCGAUUUAGCAUUUAUUUUUUUAUUCACAAGAAAUCACAAAAGUGUCCUACUUUCCCUAUUUACUGUUAAGUUCUGGCAUUAAGAUUAAAAUGUCACUGUAAAUAUCAAAAACACUAAAAAUGAUAGAAGAAAAAUAUUGCGUGUCUUGUGAUUUCAUCACCUUUUCAACAGCAUCAAAGCAUGAGUAAAAUUCUAAUGCACUAAAUACAGCAAACUGUCAAAAAACUACUUAUAAAACUAAUUUCAAUCCUCAACAUUUCGGAUAAUAGUAAUGCUCAUCACUCAAGAGUAAAGAUAUUUAUCGAAAAGGAUCAUUUCUUCCUCAGAUCAAGUAUUUGCCAAAAAUUCUGCGAACCUCUACAAACCCCAUACGAAGAACCCUUCACUGUGUUUAAACGUUUCAAUAAGUAUUUUGGUGUUAAUAUCAAGGGAAUAAAGACCAACAUCCCGGUUGACUGUCUUAAAGUAGCCUUCAAUGAGCAUAGCGUUAAAGAGCAAGGAGUUAGGUCUUCAGCUGUCGUCAAAUCCACUGACAAUCAAGAUCGUAAGGAAUACAUUUCUCGUUAUGUUCGCAAAGAACUUUUCCGUCUUCCUAAAGUGGAAGACGGAAACAUUUGUAAUUAUAAUUAAAUGAUGCAGGUAUAUAGGGUUUAGGAAAUAACCAUUUUUAAUCAAGAGAAUUUAUGUAUAUAAACAUUGUUAUUGGUAUAUAAAAUUAGAAUAAGAUAUAUAAUAAGAAAUUAAUAAAAUCAGUCUUAAGUUAGUCUUAAAUAAUAGUCUUAAAUAAAUAGCCUUAACUAAAUU